AUGACCACAAUCAACCCAAUCAUUCCAGGAUUUGCUCCAGAUCCAUCCGUUACUCGGAUUGGCGAUACCUUCUUCCUUGUCAACUCAACUUUCCACUUGUUUCCUGGCCUUCCCAUAUAUGCAUCCAAAGACCUUGUCAACUGGACACUGAUCAAUACAAAGCUUGAGCCUCAAGAUGAUGGCACCGUCAUGCUAGCCACAGGCGGGCUGUUCGCACCAACGAUCAGACACGAUUCGAAAUCAGGAAAGACAUACAUCAUCAACACCAAUGUCCUUCAUCCUGAAAAUGCUGGCGACAAACCCGAGAACUUCAUCAUCGAGACCGACGAUAUCUGGUCAGACAACUGGUCAGAUCCAGUCUACUUCGACUUCGAUGGCAUCGACCCAUCUAUCUUCUGGGACGAAGAUGGUACAGCAUUUAUAUGUGGCUCGCAUGGACCUGGUCCCAUGACCACAAUAAGCCUGUUCGAAGCUGAUCUGUCCACUGGCAAGAAGUUGUCAGAAGAAAAGACUGUUUGGAAGGGAACUGGAGGCAUAUACCCAGAAGGUCCUCACAUCUACAAGAAAGAUGGCUUCUACUAUCUGCUCAUCUCUGAAGGCGGAACCUUCAAGGACCACAUGAUUACUGUCGCAAGAUCGGAAAAUAUAUGGGGUCCCUACGAAGCGAACGAGAAGAACCCGAUCCUUACUGCCGCUGGUACAGAUAACUACGUCCAUUGCACUGGGCACUGCGACAUGUUCCAGGAUAAGGACGAUCAGUGGUGGGGCGUCUGUUUAGGCAUGCGCAUGCAGGGCUCAAGAUUCCAUAUGGGCCGCGAGUCGUUCUUGGUCACUGGACAUUGGGAGCAAGGUGAAUGGCCAAGACUUGACACAGUUGAGGCAACCUCAUCACACAAGUUCAAGAACGAGGUGGUCAAAACGAACAAGACUGGUUUGGACUGGCUCUAUAUCCGCGAUGCCAAUCUCCAACACCACAAGAUCGAAGGCUCGACCAUCCGCCUGACUCCAAGCCAGGCAGAUAUCUCUCAAUGGAAACAGCCUGUCUCGUUCGUUGGCAAGCGUCAGAGAAGGCUCGAUGGAACCGCUGCAGUGACUCUCGUACUGCCAGAAACAGGAUCUUCUCGCGCAGGUCUUGUGAUCUACAAGGACGAACAUCGGUACACACGUAUCUACUACAAUAGUGGCGACAAAAUCAUCUGCUUCGAAGUUGUCAACAACGGAAAGAAGAUCAGCAGACAUGAUCAGGAGGAGAUCUCAAGCGAAUCCUCUGAUAUCAAAUUGUUGGUCGAUUACACCGAAAAUCAGCUUGUGUUCCAGUACGAGGAAGAAGAAGGCGUGACGAAAACUCUUGGUGUAGUUGACACGGCAGAAUUGUCGAAUGCAGACUUUGUCGGCCCGGUCAUCGGGGUUUUCGCUGUCUCUGAUGAAGAGAACGAUGAGGUUGUGUUUAGGGACUUCGAGCAUGAGCACUAG